CGACGAAUCAAUCUUGCAUUGCACAGUCGUGGUGUUUUUUUCAUAUUAUAUUCUAAGUUCUUCUAUGCGUACUUCCAUAAAGUUUUCGUUUUAGUUUAAGGGGGCCAGCCACUGGCCAUCGAACUAUUUCAAUGCCGUGAAAAGUACAAUCACGAUGAGCAAAAUGUCCAAGAACAAAUUGAACCUGACCCUCCCACCGGGGUCUAUCGACACGGCCCCGGCUGCGACUCCAUCGAACAUGACUCCGCAGUUGAAGUCCGCCACAGCCACUGAUCGAAUGACGGGCCUCGCUGGAAAAUCGAAGAGCAGCAUCGAAGUCCUUACAGAGAGGCUGGAACAGAUUGAGAUGGAUGACACCCAGCGACGACGAAUAGAAGUGUUCCUCUGCCAGAAAGAGAAGAUCGGCGAACUGAGCGACGAUGACUUUGAGAAGCUCGGCGAACUUGGUCAGGGCAAUGGUGGCGUCGUAAUGAAAGUUCGCCAUAAGUCAACCGGCCUAAUCAUGGCGCGCAAGCUCAUCCACCUCGAAGUAAAGCCAGCCAUCAAGAAACAGAUCAUCAGAGAGCUGAAAGUCCUGCACGAAUGCAACUUUACCCACAUCGUAGGAUUCUACGGGGCAUUCUAUAGUGAUGGUGAAAUCUCCAUUUGUAUGGAAUAUAUGGAUGGCGGCUCUUUGGAUUUGAUUUUGAAGAAAGCUGGCAGGAUUCCGGAGUCAAUUUUAGGAACUAUAACCUCAGCAGUACUGAAAGGGCUCAGCUACCUACGCGACAAGCACGCCAUCAUGCACCGCGACGUGAAGCCCUCCAACAUUCUAGUGAACAGCAACGGCGAGAUCAAGAUCUGUGACUUUGGUGUCUCUGGGCAGCUGAUUGACUCCAUGGCUAACUCAUUUGUUGGCACUAGGAGUUAUAUGUCGCCGGAGCGUCUCCAGGGCACGCAUUACUCCGUGCAGUCGGACAUCUGGUCGCUGGGGCUGUCCCUAGUGGAGAUGGCUAUCGGCAUGUACCCCAUCCCGCCGCCCGACGCCAAGACCUUGGCGCACAUCUUCGGCGCGCAGAACGAGGACCACUCCCCUGGACAGUCCGUCUCGGCCAUCCCCGCGCCGAACUCCCCGCGGCCGAUGGCGAUAUUCGAGCUCUUGGACUACAUAGUGAACGAGCCGCCGCCCAAGCUGCCCUCCGGUCUGUUCUCCGACCACUUCAAGGACUUCGUCGACCGCUGUCUCAAGAAGAACCCGGAUGAGAGGGCCGACUUGAAGACCCUUAUGAGCCACGAGUGGGUGCGGCUGGCGGACGCGGCCGGCGUGGACAUCGCGGGCUGGGUGUGCAAGACCAUGGACCUGCUGCCCUCCACGCCCAACUCUAACGUGUCUCCUUUUUCUUCAUAAGCUGCAAGAAGUGCAUAAUUUCAACAGCGAAAAAGGGUCAAAACAUUUCCCAAGAAAGAGCGGGCGACACGAUCAGUGAAGAUUCGGGGUCCGAAGAGCAUUGAGGUCGGACAGAGAUAGCAGUAUGUCAACUCUAGAUACCAUUUCACUCACACGUCCGGCACUGUCAGGGUGAACUACCCGAUGAUUGGCAGUGAAACCAGUCGUCGGCUCCUAGUAUUGGAGGAAAACCUGCCUAGGGUGCCAACGAUAGGGUAGUUUCCCCCUAUGUAACGCACGGUUGACACCUGUCAAGGUGUCGGCUGUGGGUGAUACUGUGUCGGGCGCUACAGGAGUCAUGUUUGACGCGGUCAGUUUCGAAAACUGUCUUAAAAAAAUGUACGAUACAUAUUUUGAGGGAGCGAAAUGCGCUCUGAUUGAUGUCAAAAUGUGAUCAAUAUGUAAAUUUUCAAAGCCUACAAUUAAUCAUUAAUACAAAUCAAUCAUUAUUAAUAGAAUACUCAGACUACGUAGUACACUAUUUUGUUUGAGAAACGUUAGAGUGAUCCAUUUUAGCCAUCCAUAACAGUAAAGUAUCCAUUUAAAAUAUGAAAAAAAAAACUAGUGUUCUUUUGUUUGUUUUAUUCUAUCGCCAAGCUAGAAUAAAUGAAUAGAAUAUUCAUUUUGCCUUCAACGGCGAACUGACUUCAUUCAGUAGCUAUUCAUUAAUGAAACUUGUUCGUUGUGUAAAAUGUAACAUGUUUUCAUAAUUUUAAUCGAAAACAAGACACGAAAUUAUAAGGAAUAAUGUCGAAAUAAUGUCACGAAUUUAAUUCGAUCGAAGGCGAAGCGAACUGACCGCCGUCCGUCACAACUGAAACAUUAAACGAAACAUAUCACCAAACAAUUAGUACGCAUCGGGAGAACUGGCAUCAAAUACUCAAAAUUGAACAUUUAAUUUCUAGAAUUGGCUAAAUUAAGGUAAAUUUCUUAGGAAUUUCGAGUGUUACGCUACACUGGAAACUAAAUGUUUUUAGUUUUUGGGACUUCCAUCCAUAUAUCCCGUAUAUGGUAUGAGAUAGUGCCACCGACGGUAGUGUAUUGUAACACCGAUAGAUAGGGGUAAUAAUACUAAAACAUAGUGCAUUCGUGGACGAAUCGAGGUUUCGCAACGUAAAACGACUUAUUGAUAAAUGGUCAAGUAGAGUUGAUUUCACUAGUCGCAAGUCGAAAAAUGUUAGUAGUGUUUUGACAUAUUUUUCUUUGCUGAAAGUGCGUGAUUCAUGUCAGCUGAUACUCGUUAUUUGGAUAAUUUAAAGGAAGCCGCAGCACUCAAACGGGGCCGGCUCUGCGCCCGUGGGACUGUUGCGGCGUCCAUCUUUUGUAAUCUGUAAAAUACAGUCAUUUGUAGACUACACGAAAAAAAAAAAAAAUUAAAAAAAAAUCGGUAGCAGGGAGAGGUAAAUCAAUGAAGUGAACACCAUUCAAAGCAGCGUCCUUAAGGUUUAUGUCUAGAUAUUCUUGCAUACGAAGAUUUUUAAAUGAGUCGGUACAUCAUGUGAUAACGGUUCACGCUAUGGAAACCAUUGGUUCCGAGGAACGAUGCUUUGUAUGGAGAUUUGCAGUCUUCAUUAAGUUACUCCUCCCUGGUGGUAGUUACGUUUUUCCUCAUAUAUUGACGUGAUGCACUACUUUACGUUUGGUUUGUGUAUGGUCGCUUCGUUUUAGUCCUGUUUUGUCCCGAGCACGUGUUUAUUUGUGUAGUGUGAUGUGUUGUGUGUGCGGUUGGUUGGCUGCGUUCAGGCCCAUAAACUAUAUUUUCUCAAACUUGUAAUAAAAUGUUGACAUGACUUACUUCAAAUUAGGUCCGCAAAUACUACAUAUCAGGUGCGAUGAGUGAAGAUGCUAUGCAAAGGAAUUUCAUACAGCCUUACACAUCUAGGCCUGUAAGGCAACCUUCUUUUGUUUUUAAACGUAAAAUUAUGGCACGUCUUGGCAUUCAACCUUUAAAAACCUAUAAGCAAAAUUCUGCCAUUAUGCUUUUUUCCCUUUUUUGACUUUCUUUCUUUUUUUCUUUUUUGUGUUUGUUAAAUAUUAUUUCAGGGAUUCAAAGGGGAACAAAAAUUUCAUUAUUUAUGCGCUACGACGCACGGUUUAGGAGAUACAGCCCCAUUUUUUUUUUCAGUCAUGCAGAAAUCUGUAUAGGGCUGUAUCUCCUAAACCGUGCGUCGUAACGUAAAAAUAAUCCAAUUUUCGUUCCCCUAUUAAUAACCCCAAAGUAGUAAUAAUAAAACAGAAAAAAUAAUAAAAAAGAAAGAAAAAGAAAUGAAAAAAAAGCGUAAUGGCUUGCGUCGUAGGCGCCAAAAUAAUUACAUUUUUGUUCCCCUUCAAUACUCCACGCACUGAAUAACCUAUCACAUUAGGACAUGAAACAAUCAUCAUCAUUCCAUUUUUUUUAAAUUAAUUCUAAUCAAUAUUUGAGAAAAGCACUAUACAAAUCUCGGCGAGAAACGGGGUUGCCGGCCGCGUAUCCCUAUCCAUAUCUACUUUGCCUGCAACCCUUCGUUUCCCGUCCUCUAUAGUAAUGUACUAUUACCCUAAAGUUGCCUGCUGCUUACGUAAUACAUAAAUGACAAUUAAAAUUCAAUUAUAAAUUUAAAAUGGCCAUUUUUGGCUCGCAAAUUUAGACCUCUGUGGCUCCAGGUGUUAAUAGUCAAUAUUUAGACCUGCCUUUUUAACAGUUGCGUUAAAAACAUAACUACAUAAUUAUUAACAACAUCACAAAAACAUUAUAAAAUAUAUUAAAUUGAUAAGUUUCUAAAAAUUGAGUUAUAUGUGGCGGGUAACAAUUUGCAAAUUGGAUUCAUAUAAGCAGGUUCAAAGUAAGUAUUCACUAAAUUGUUCGCUAGAACCUGAAACACGUGGGUCUAAUGAUAAACAAGUUAAAAAUAAAACAGACAAAUUUUUUAAAAUGUAUGUUAAUAAUUUUAUGGGUCUGCCUCGCGCCAUGCUGGCCUGCCUACACAAGCUUUUCGUUUUUCUCACUCGCCGAUCGCCUUCCCCGCACGUAUGAUUGUUGAGUAUGUUCCUUUUCGCUUGUCCUUAUUAUUUGCUGGUUACCCUCAGUUAGAGUUUAUUUAUGGUGUUCCACAGUAAAGGGGAUCUUGAUAGUGGAUAUUUGACGUGAUUGCACUACGAAUGUCCCUUUUACUAGAGUAUAACUAUAGUCGUGCCGUUCUCGAGAAUGUUCUCCAUUUACUAAGGGGUAUGUUCUCGCGCGAGAACUUACCCCUUACAAAACGGAUAACAUUCUUGAGAAUAGCACAACUAUAAGUAUAACACAUUUAAUUGUGAUAAUUUUAGAGGUAUGCGUAUGAUUUACGUUAAAAACUCGCUUAAAUGCCUUCGAGGUAGGUUCUAUUUAAUAUAAUUCUCGCUAAAAUAAUAGGACUUAAGUUUAUAACUGACGAUUAUAAUUUUUUUUAAAUUCCUGUUUGUUAUAUUUUGUAUAUAAAAGGUUGACAUACUAAGGAUAUACAUUAUUGUGUAAGUAGGAUUGUAUCCUCGAUUUACAAUCUUAGAUAGUAUUUAAAUAAGUAUGUCAAAAGUUGUUGUUUAACUAUUGUACUGAAUUAUGUUUUAUUAUUCUAAAGCAUAUGUAGUUUAAAAUAGGACCAACUUUUCUCUAUCGACGUUGUGUUUUGAACGAACGAGACUUUUUGUAAGUUGAAUGGCGUGCCUAGAAUGCUUUACUGCGAAGGUACUACUAACUUAUAAGCCAAACGUAUGUUACAAUAAGAGACAGAUUCAAAUAUACUGUUGUGCUGCAAAAUGCACUUUGAACAUUGUCAUGUAACAUACGUUUGUUAUGCGUGGUUGUGCGGACACCAAAUGUCUAAAUUAAGAAAACCUCUACCUGCAAUAUAUGUGCAAUUUUUGACGCGUGCUUUUUUUAACCAAUAUUGGAGUUCUUUCAAGAGCUUUGAAACCUCAUAAGUAUUUACCUUAUGUGUUAAUUUUAGAUAUUUAUAGUAUAUGUUGAAAUUCAUUUCAACGUUUGGUUCACGAGACUUUAAUCAAAGCCGAAAUAAGUAUUUUCUAUCUUUAUCGAUAACUCGGCCAUAUGAAAUGGUGUAGAAAAAGGCACUUUGUCGUUAGUCUAAAAGUUCAUUGUUUAACUGCCUAUUUAUGACUGCGCCUUAUUGACGAUGGAUGAAGUGGAACUUUUGGGUAUGCAAUGCACUUUUAUAAAUAUGUACUUCCCAAUUUACCAAACACUAAGUACCACUCUAUUCAAGUUUCAAUAUUUCUUAUUGGUAAUAAACAAUUUUUCUGACGGUUUAAACUUUCUAUGGAGUUGGUAACUACGAUUUAAGCAGUAACUUAUUGUCAUCUGUCUUUAAGAAACCAGUAUAUUGUGAGAUAUCUAUCUCAGGGUAAACGGCAAUAUUGUUGACGCCGCCGUCUAUAUUAAUCAUUCAUUUAUUUUUAUCAAGGAGUGUCAGUAAUUGCGUAAUUUACCCUAUAUAUAAGAUUCGUUUAUUGUCUAAAUCUACAUGUGUAAAGUCUAAGACAAAUUCCUGCUUCGAAUAGAUGAUAUUUGAAUACAUAGACGGCUCUUUACGGCUUUAUGCGGUAACUCUGGUUACCAGCAGUUUUUCGUGUGGCAAUUGAGCUACCACAAAACGUCGCUUUGUAUAAACAGCAACACUUUUGGCUGUCCAUCGGUGGACCUUAUGAUUUUUGUAAUAAGGUCCACCGAUGGACAGUUAACAGUUUGGGCGAUGGUACAGCCGAAUCUUCAGCUGUCAAACUCAGGGAUAUGAGUUUUUCUUAGAUUUUACACGUCUUAUAUGAUCAAACUGAUCCAUGAAUCUUUGCCCUAUAUCAGGGGUUCCCAAACUUUAAUAGUCCGCGGCGCACUUGCAUAUUUAAAAUUUGAUCUCGGUGCCCUAACCUAACUUUUCGAAAUAGGUAAUAUGGUGAGGAUUGCCUUACGCCGCCCCCUUUUUUUACUGUCUAGGGCGUCGAGCCAUACAGUUUGGGAACCCCUGCCUUAUAUUAAAAUAGUUCAAUCUUAUGAAACCAGUUAGUGUUAGUAAAUUGUUCUAUUAUUCUAGAAUUUCAUCUUAGUUUCUAAGAAACAUUGUGACACCAAUUAUUUCUCAUAGAGAAAUUAUUUAUUUUUGGAUAAGUGAUUUUACUUGCAUUUUAUUAAUUUAGACGUUUUAGAUACAUUUUAGCUUAUCAUAAUUCGUUUUACUCGCAGUUAGUCAUUUUUAUGCGCUUAUAACAGUUAUAACUUAAUCAGAUUACAAUAAGUUUUUUUUUUACUUGUGAUUGACAUAAAUAAGACAUAAUCAUCGUAUGUGCAAGACAUAUUCAAUCAAUUCAAUUUAUUUAUUUAAUAGACAAGAAUGGUCCAUAAUGGUUAGUAAUGGAUAGUAUUCCUAUUAAACCGUCAAAAUUAACAAAGCGUUGAUAAUCGAUUGUCUGUAUCAAAAUAAGGUUGAUUCCACAGCUAAACUGGAAUGAACUGAUACCACUCUCAAAACUUCAAGAAAAGAGCAUACUCCCAUCUUAAAUUCCGGCAACGCACUUGCAACCCCUUAGGCGACGGUUAUUGCUUACCGUCAGGGAUUCGUCUACUUCUUUUGCUUUGCUUUUAUUAUAAUAAAAAUUGUCAUUUUUGCUUUUAAGAAGUAGACAAAAUUCAACAGAGAUUUACUUAGUUUUGUAACUUUUAAGAGUAAAGGGGAUUAAUAUCUUACACGUUAUCGUCUAGAGUGAGACCAAGCUAAGUUGGCAGCGAUUUUGAUAGAAGCUUGUGCUAGUGUUAAGUAAACGUCAUAAUUUUAUAGAUGUUUAACGUUUAAAAUAACCCUAGCGCUGUCUGGGCUGCCAAAAUCGCUGCUAACUUAUCUUGGUCCGAAGUCUAAUAGUACCUUAUUUUAAAUGCACGUACGGUGGUUACGAUAAAUGCGACGGACGAAAUUCCAAUAAAAGCAUUAGCGUCUUAAUUACGUUCUACUAAGGUCCGUUUUCCCAUACGACACGUUUUCGACAUAGGGUUAUUUAAUUGACCAUGAAGACAGGACUUGAUUGGUGUUUUUUUUAAAUCUCGUGUGAAAUCGCGUCCAACUUCGACUGUUUAAUGUAUAUCGCUACGUAAAUGUAUUGUGUCGUAACUUUUUAUUAUUUUGUAUAAUAUUAAGCUUCUAUGUUAGGUGUAGUUAUAAUUAUGUACAAAAUAUAUGUUAAUGGAAAACGA